UCCAUUGUUUUUAGGGCAGGGCUGAAUAUUGUGGAAUUCCGUUUCCGUCCCAGGAGCUUUUUCUUCAGCGAUCCAACAGGAGCUUAAAGACACAAGAAAGAGUUUAGUUUUGUGUUUAGGAGCUGAAACGAUGGCGUCGUCUCCUCAGAAAUCUCCGUCGUCUCCCACACCGCUGUCUCCGAGCUUCAGAAAGAAAGAUGAGACUUUUCUCGGGAAACUCGGGGGAACUUUAGUCAGAAGGAAAAAGGCGAAAGAAGUGUCUGAGCUACAGGAGGAAGGCAUGAACGCCAUCAACCUGCCCCUGAGUCCCACACCAUACGAGCUGCAUCCUGAAGACACCAUGCUGGAGGAGAACGAGGUUCGCACCAUGAUGGACCCCAACUCUAAGAACAACAUCAAGCUACAGGAGCUGACGAAGGUUCUCGUCGACUGGAUCAACGACGUGCUGGUCGGCGAGAGGAUCAUCGUCAAGGACCUGGCAGAGGAUCUGUACGACGGACAAGUUCUGCAGAAGCUCUUCGAGAAGCUGGAGGGUGAGAAGCUGAACGUGGCCGAGGUCACGCAGUCCGAGAUCGCUCAGAAGCAGAAGCUCCAGACGGUCCUCGAGCGCAUCAACGAGGUUCUCAACGUCUCCCUCAGGAACACCAAGUGGAAUGUCGACUCUGUUCAUGCUAAAAGCAUGGUGGCCAUCCUGCACCUCCUGGUGGCGCUGUCUCAGCACUUCAGAGCUCCGAUCCGACUCCCUGACCACGUCUCCAUCCAGGUGGUGGUGGUUCAGAAACGGGAGGGAAUCCUACAGUCUCGUCAGGUUCAAGAGGAAAUCACAGGCAACACUGAGGCCUUAUCCGGCCGACACGAGCGUGAUGCGUUUGACACGUUGUUCGAUCACGCCCCUGACAAACUGAGUGUGGUGAAGAAGACGCUCAUCACAUUCGUCAACAAACACCUGAACAAACUGAACCUGGAGGUGGCUGAGCUGGACACACAGCUCCGUGUCCUCACGAUGACCUCACACAGCUCCGUGUCCUCACGAUGACCUCACACAACUCCGUGACCUCACACAGCUCCGUGUCCUCACGAUGACCUCACACAGCUCCGUGUCCUCACGAUGACCUCACACAGCUCUGUGUCCUCACGAGGAGCUCACGAUGACCUCACACAACUCACAAUGACCUCACACACCUCAGUGACCUCACGAUGACCUCAUGAUGACCUCACACGACUCACAAUGACCUCACACACCUCAGUGACCUCACAAUUACCUCAUGAUGAUCUCACACAACUCACAAUGACCUCACACACCUCAGUGACCUCACAAUGACCUCAUGAUGAUCUCACACAACUCACAAUGACCUCACAACUUCUUAUUCAGUCUCAGAUCUGCAGAAAGCCUGUGGCCAUUUUGAACCAUUACAGGUUCCUUUAAAUAUCACGGAAGUUGCUUGGUUUUGUUUAAUCUGAAACACUGAGUUGUUUGUCUUCAUGCCUCAUCACAGCGUUGAUGAUUAUUGUGAUUAUGUCCUUAGUGACGGUAAUAUUUUUAUUUUCAUUACUUAUGGGAAGAUUUUUUGUCGGACAUUAUAGUGACUUGUGUGUGUGUGUGUGUGUGUGUGUGUGUGU